AUGGCGACCGAUUUUCAGUUUGAGGACAACAGCAUUCCGACCUAUUCGCUGGGAGGCAAGGGGCUCGAACUUUUCCUCAACGAAGAACUGACGGACCUGGGAGAGGUCCGCAGCAGCAACAAAUAUCGCAUUGGGACCAUCACGGACACAAGCUACUCUACCCAAUUCCACCGGCUCGAGGAAGCCCACGGCAGUCUCGCGAGUCACCCACCCGACGCUGACGAUGCCAGCCUUGUUGUUCUGCGCAUCACCCCAAAGACCGACAUAUCCAAGAGGCGCUUCAAGAAGUUCACUCUCACUCUCAAGCUCGAGCCUGGUGACCUUUCGUCCAACGCCGAACCGCCAUCCGUGGUAGCCUUCGAGCCUGCUGCGGACGGCGACCAGUAUUUCCAGGAACACAUCACCGCGGUCACCAAUACAAACACCUUGCAAGGAACUCUUGGUGUGAAGCCGCCGAUGACGGAGCUUUCAGUUUCCCCCUCGAAAUCCACAGCGCGUCAAUUCGAGGAGAGGCGGCUGCUCAAGCUGACCACGACCGCAUCAGGGGAGUCGCCCGGCAUGGAUACGGAAGUGACAUUUGAGAUCACCCCGGCCGUGGAGAAAGACGGAAUCGGAGACCGUCUUGCUGUAGCCCUCAUCGUGAAACGAGCACCAGGCGCGAACUUCUUCAUCACAGCCUUCACGCGAGCUGAUGUGAGUUAUAGGAUAGCGGAUACAUUUCGUUGGCGGCCCGGCAGACGGCAGGGAAAUGCCCUCCGAAUGGGACCUUUUGGCCCCAAAAGGACGGGCAUGGACACCCAUCCGGAGGGCAUCGACACGACUAACCUGAUGAUGGCCGCGGACCAACCCCUAAAGAAGCUAACGUAUCUACAUCUGCCCGAGAAGGGGACCCAGAAACUGUUCUUGGAACAAGAAGCUAAAGGCAAUACUGUUUCUGAAUCGUCCGUUCCGGCUACGACCGGUGACUCUGUGGCCCCUGAAUCGACACCCACAGCGCCGACUUCAACUCUAGGACAAGGGAGAACCCCUCCGACUUUAUCGGACACGCAGAAGGUGGAGCACAAAGACUCGGCCGAGCCAAUCUCAGCAGAACCGUCGCUGGCCGUGCCGUUGUCCGCGCAGCCCCCACCUCUCCCGCUGCCCGUGCCGUCGCCUGCCGUCCCGGCACUCUCUGCUCCUCGGCGACGCCUACCCAACAAGUCGGCCCUCUCGAUCCGUAAUUCUCAAGUGGUGCGCCAUCGAAUGAUGGCAUCCUACUACCAGAACCUGGCCCGGCUGCAUCUGGAGGAGGCAGAGGAGAUGGAGGCACUCAUUGAAAUGGUGUAUGAAGACCAGACUAUGACUGCGGGGAUUUGA